GCCACUUGAAAGAAGUGCCCUGCAGUGGUAAUAUAUUUAAGUCACCUGUUCUACAAUAGACCUAUUGUGGGUAUCAACCCCAUAGAAACGUGUGCUUUUGAGUGUAGUUUACAUGUACAGACAAUACAGCCAAGUUACAGUGUGGUACCCAGCACAUCAGUAGUCUGAGUAUGGUACCUACCGUUGACUUUAUUGUUGGUAAAUGAUACUUAUGAAACACUUUGCUUUUUGGUGGACGCUGUGUUUGUUGAUAUUUAAUACUUGCUAUAGGUCACGUGACUUAGCAGGCGCAAUCAGUCUAUUUCAUUACAAGGCUUAAAGUGGCCAUCUAUGCUUCCAGGCUAUCUACGCUUCCAGGCCAUCUAUGCUUCCAGGCCAUCUACGCUUCCAGGCCAUCUACGCCUCCAGGCCAUCUACGCUUCCAGGCCAUCUACGCUUCCAGGCCAUCUACGCCUCCAGGCCAUCUAUGCCUCCAGGCCAUCUACGCUUCCAGGCCAUCUACGCUUCCAGGCCAUCUACGCCUCCAGGCCAUCUACGCCUCCAGGCCAUCUACGCCUCCAGGCCAUCUACGCUUCCAGGCCAUCUCCGCUUCCAGGCCAUCUACGCUUCCAGGCCAUCUACGCUUCCAGGCCAUCUACGCUUCCAGGCCAUCUACGCUUCCAGGCCAUCUACGCUUCCUGGAUAUUGACAAGCAAUUCACAACCAAGCAAAACAUGGGAACUCAGUUUGUACGAGCUUCACCGCACUCCCCAAGAAGCCAUCACGGAUGACACCGAGAUAGCUGUGUCUCCUCGUAGCCUCCACAGUGAGCUGAUGUGCCCAAUAUGCCUCGAUAUGCUGAAGAAUACCUACACAACCAAGGAAUGUCUACAUCGGUUCUGCCAAGAGUGUAUCAUCACAGCCCUGCGGAGUGGGAACAAAGAGUGUCCAACAUGCCGUAAGAAACUGGUGUCCAAGCGGUCACUCCGUCCAGAUCCCAAUUUUGAUGCUUUGAUUUCUAAGAUCUACCCCAGCCGAGACGAGUACGAGGCUCAUCAGGAGCGGGUUUUGGCCAAGUUGACUGGUCACCACACCACUGCUUUAAGCAAUAGCAUCGAGGAAGGCCUCAAGAUGCAAGCCAUGAACAGAGCACAGCGUGUGAGGAAACACAAUCAGGUGUGUGAGGACCCGGAGCCCGGAGACGCUGUGGGCGGCAGCAGUGGUGGGGACGUGGGCAGUGUGGACAUGGACCCAGAAGCUGAGCCUGAACCAGGUGAUGUAGACACCUGCAAACGGUUACGUACCUCGGAUGAAUCCAGCACAGAGGCAAUGGAACAGGAGAUUGAGCUGGUUUUCAAGCCCCACCCCAUGCAUGAACAUCCAGCCCUGAGACCAGACUCCAAGCGUUACUUGAAGACAUCAGCUGUAGCAACAAUCGACCACCUCAGCCAGUACCUCUCUUUGCGUGUUGGUCUGGACGGAGGAGGUCCAAGUGAUCAGCGGUCCACAAGAGACUCAUCCCCAGAAAGCAGUCAGCGAGAUGUUCCCAGACCCUUGGAGUUUGACAUCAGUAUUAGUUCCACUCCAUCACAAUAUACAAUACUGUCAGGGUCAAUGACCUUGGAGCAGGUCCAGGACAAAUACUGGCGAGUGUCCAGACCAUUAGAGAUGUACUACAGCGUCCGAGGCAGCCACUGAGUGUAGCAAGGACGUUCAUUGUAUAUACUUUCUUUAUGUGGAGGGUCAGAGUAAUCUCUCGUUUGAUCUGGUUUUGUCCUGAACUCUGCGCCAUAUUUACACCUCACCGAUAACAAAGUGGAAACCAACUCGAAACUUCAUGUGACCAGAAAUACAGAUCUUGGCGAACAUGAAUUACCUCCUUUGAUUCUGACUUUUUAAAUUGAAGGGAAAAAAAAUGGAUUGCAAAAAUAUGUCCGUGGAGCUUAAGGAGUUGCAUUUGUUAUGAACCAGUAUUAGAUUUACAUUGAAUUUACUUCAUGACUUCAGUCAAUCAUAACGGCAGAACUUGUUAAUUUGGAGGUUCCAUUGGCUUUAUUUCCACUCUGUAAUCUUUAUUACCUGAUUAUACGUGCUAAAUUGUUUUCCAGCUGCAUUUAAAAUGCUUGAUUCCCCAAUGCUUUGCUAUAG